AUGUCAGCAUCUGCAGCUGCUGUUCAGGUGUGCGAGCAAGCAACGUCAGACGCACCGAGCCAGUGUUUAGCAGACACUCAGCACGAACAAGCGCUCUCGCCGAAACUUCGGGUGCAGCUCUGCCAACGUGCAACGUCUGAUGCUCCACAACUAUGCGUGAAGUCACUUCGGAGAUUUAUCAAUGCGCAGCGUCUGGAUAUUUACGACGCUGUAGCUGCUUGCCGCCAAACGGAGGAUCUGGGCCCCGUGGAUUGUGUGACGGAGUUGUUUCGAGUUGCUACCCCACCGCCAGGCAGAUUAGCAGCUCAGCUUUGUCAUGCUGCUAAAACCUUGGAGCCUGCUCGCUGUUAUUCCGCGUCCCCGCUUAUCUACGACGACGAAUUGAAGAUAUCACUGUGCAAGGAAGCUGAAAGCACGGCUCCAGCAUUAUGCGCCGACUCAGUGAUCUCUCGUAUUGGCAACCAGCCGCUCGGGAAGGUAGCCUUGUGUCGAGGUGCAACUAGUUCUGCACCUGCAGCCUGUGCCAUGGAGGCUCCGUUUGGAAUGGAUGAGCCAAAGGUGGUGCUAUUAUGCCGAUUGGCGACGAGUACUGCACCUGCAAGGUGCGCGCAGGAAGUGCCGGCAUUCUUGCGUAUUCCCUGGGACAAAGUGGCCCAAGUAUGUGCUGGUGCCACAUCCACGACGCCUGGACGCUGCUUGGCGCAUCAAAUCCGCCACUCCCGUUUACUGCUUCGAACAGUAGACAGCGCUCAAAUUGUGCGCGAGUGCCGACUCGCAGUGGCGCGGCCUUCAGCAUUGGGACUUGCAAAGGCGUCGUACAAUUGCCCGGAGCUCCGUCCGAUGUACCCCCUGCAGCUCGUGGUGAACGUGCUGGAUCAAUAUGGCGAUCUCAUGACCGAAAACUACGCUCCGCAGUACCGCGGCAAUGACUACGUCCCGCAGUACCGCGGCAACAACGUUGUCUACCUGAGUGGCGUAUUUACGGGAAGUCCUCACACGGAGGAUAGCUACCUUCAUCGUGGACAGCCAACACUGCAAGGCUCUUCAUACGCCACGAUCACCAAUGGCUCAGCAGUCUUCUCCAAUGUACAGUUUACCGGUGCAGGAGAGUUCACCCUCACAUUUCGAUCCGGCGAAGGCGUCACCGAGGAAGUCGCGCGAGUCGUCGUACAUCCUGAUCUCGCUGCGGCAGCCUUGCAGACUCGAUGCGACGAAUUGUUCACACGCUUCAAGUGCAGUCUCCAGUCGCCUGCGUCUCUCAAGCGCGACUACCAGCACCGUGAGCUGCAAGUGUUGCUUCUGCCACGAUAUUUUCAUUUCAACGCUGUCUCGUGUGAGCGAUACUGGAUGGACAACAUCGGCGGCCUCGCGUUCAGCGGCUUCUCUUCUGGUAACGACGUGCUCUACGCCCUCCCGCGUCCGCUGUACGACCUCUUCACGUACGAGGGCGAGACGAGCCGCGCCGCCAUCCGACGCGCCUACCAUCGGCGCUCGCUGGAGUGGCAUCCAGACAAAUGGCACGCGCUGGCGGCGGCACUGCCCCCAAUAUGGCAGCAAGAGCUGGCUGGAGCCUACGCGCUGAUCACUCGGGCCUAUGACCAGCUCACUUCGGCAGCACUCUCACAGCAGGAAGAAAGCGUCAUGCAGGACGCGCUGUUGGCGAUCCUGCGCGGCGUCCGAAAUGGGUCGUUCUACGGCACCAAGGUGCGCGCCCCGCAUGCCAUGGUCAUGAUCUUCCUGUUCCAGAAGGGCUCUGUGCGCCAGAAGCUCCGCGGCGUCAUCCGCCUCACGUUCGAGCACAGCAAGAACCUGGCGUUGUUCGUGGGCGUGUACAAGUCGGUGCUGGCGGUGCUACGAGCGCACCAGCAUCACGCGCUCGGACAGCGCGUGACCACGAGCGUGGGGAAGCCCGGGGCGCACUGGCACGCGGCGGUGGCCGGCGGCAUCGGCGGCUACCUGGUGUGGGGCCGCUACUCGAGCGUCAACUUCCAGAUCAUCAUGUACCUGAUGUCAAGAGCGCUCAUCAGCCUGGUGCGCGUGUUGGCCGCCAGGGGCUACCACCCGUUCGCGCAGCACCGCUUCAAGCACGUGUACCCGCUGCUGGCCACCGUGGUGUGGGCCGGCGUCAUGUGGCUCUACGAGAACGAGCCGCACACGCUGCACCCGUCGCUGCUGAAGAGCAUGCAGUUCCUCUACGACGAGUCGUGCCGCUGGAAGGACGGACUCGUGGAGUUCGUGCCGUCGCCGGCCACUACCGCUGUAUUUUUGCUGACGUGGCUCGGGUUUUAAGCGCGCGUGGCGUCUCUCUCAGUAUGGGAUUUCUUCCACCGACGCUGGAAGCUCCGUCGGCUUCAUCGCAGAGCUCGUCGCAGUGCUUGGUUCGGUCUUCUCGCGUCUCGUCUCCGUCGUUGGUAGCUGCUAAUUUGAAGCAAAUAAUAGUUGGGCUGCGUGUGUACACAGGCUCCUCUUG